AUGGCCGGGCCGAGCAAUGGCGCGCCGCCCGAGCGCCAGACGAGCCGUGAUUCGACCGCCAAACGACCCGGCGACGACAACGUGCUCGUCCAGCAGUCCACCGCCGACACCACCGAUGGUUUGCUUGACGACAACAACAUCGAACACCAUGCGUCCCCCUCUCCACCGCAAUACCGCGUCUACAAGCGUCGGUUCUUCGGCUUGGCACAGCUGGUCCUGCUCAACAUUGUCAUCUCCUGGGACUGGCUCACCUACGCCUCCGUCUCGGACACGGCCGCGCAGUUCUUCGACACCUCCGAGAGCGUCAUCAACUGGCUGAGCACCGCCUUCCUCCUGGCCUUCGCUGUGGCUGCUCCUGCCACCAUCUGGAUCUUGAAUCGCUACGGGCCCAAGGCAUCCAUCCUCGCCGCCAGCGCCCUCACCCUCAUCGGCAACUGGGUGCGGUAUGCCGGCACUCGGGCCGGGAGUGGCUACUUUGGCGUGGUCAUGUUCGGGCAAAUCCUCAUCGGGCUCGCCCAGCCGUUCGUCCUGGCGGCACCGACUCGGUACAGCCAGCUCUGGUUCAGUGACCAAGGCCGCAUCACCGCCACCGCAAUCGCCUCUUUGGCAAACCCCCUGGGAGGUGCCUUAGGCCAACUCAUCUCGCCCAUCUGGUCCGACGACAUCUCGGGCUUCCCCAACAUGGUCCUCUACGUCGGCAUCAUCUCCAGCGUCGCCACCAUUCCAGCCCCCUUCAUCCCUGCCAAGCCGCCCUCUCCACCCUCUGCCACUGCUGCUCUGGAGAAGCUGGAUCUAGUGCAAGCCUUGCGCGAACUCCCUCACAAUGCCUCGUUCUUCCUCAUCGCCAUCCCGUUCGCUGUGUAUGUCGGCUUCUUCAACGCCACUUCGUCUUUGAUAAACCAAAUCUUCGAACCAUACGGCUUCUCUGAGACAGACGCUGGCAUUGCAGGCGGGUUGCUGAUCCUGGUUGGACUGGUCGCAUCGGCUAUCGUGUCACCCAUCAUCGACCGCACCAAGAAAUACCUCAUCACAAUCAAAGUCAUCAUACCGAUUCUCGCAAUCUUAUACAUCAUCCUCAUCUGGAUGCCAGGCACGAGAAGCCUUGCUGGACCCUACAUCGUAUGCGCUUUGCUCGGGGCUACAUCUUUCUCUCUUCUACCGGUGGCAUUGGAGGUACUCUCCAUCCUCACUCUACCAGUCUCCCCUGAGGUGAGCAGCGUCAUCGGCUGGACCGGCGGACAAGUCCUGGGAGCCAUCUUCAUCGUCAUCAUGGAUGCGCUGCAAGGCGGUUGGAGCAGUCAGCCACCUGACUCAUUGAAGCGAGCACUUGUCUUUCAAGCAGUUGUAGCUUGUGCGGUUGUACCUUUGCCGAUGUUCUUGGGGACGUGGAAGUUUCGCAAGAUCGUGUGGAAUCCCGCUGGCUACAUGGAAACGCAUACUACUACGUAA